AUGAAGUGCAAUCAGCGCACUCGGAAGACAGACCCGAUGCCCUCGCGUCGCCUCGCAUCUUACGAGAAGCCGCUUACAGCCGUUCCACCUUCAGUUACCUCGGAGUUGAGGCAUUGCAAUCUUUCCCCCUUGGCGCAUUCAAAGAAGCCCCAGAGACGAUAUAUAAAGAAGGAGACAGUGAAGAGGAAGAUCAAGGGAAAGCACAACAACUGGCGACCACGAAAGUACAAGGGCAACGAGGACAAGGGAAAGCACAACAACUGGCGAUGGCGAAAGUACAAGAGCAACACAGAGAACGACAACGAGCACCAAGGAUGGAAAGAGGUUGACGAAGGCCCUUUGGAUGCUAUGAAGAAGGAGCCCGACCUCACUCUCCUCACAAAAGCCAUGGAUUCCAACCCCUUAACACAAGGGGAUUCCAUUAUCACCCGUCUGGCCAUCACUCUUUUCGCCCCAACAGAUGAGGCGCUCUCCAAACUUGACGUCAAAAUGGAAGACUUGGCGGAGAUGAUCAAGGGGAAGCACAACAACUGGCGACCACGAAAGUACAAGGGCAACGAGGACAAGGGAAAGCACAACAACUGGCGAUGGCGAAAGUACAAGAGCAACACAGAGAACGACAACGAGCACCAAGGAUGGAAAGAGGUUGACGAAGGCCCUUUGGAUGCUAUGAAGAAGGAGCCCGACCUCACUCUCCUCACAAAAGCCAUGGAUUCCAACCCCUUAACACAGGGGGAUUCCAUUAUCACCCGUCUGGCCAUCACUCUUUUCGCCCCAACAGAUGAAGCGCUCUCCAAACUUGACGUCAAAAUGGAAGACUUGGCGGAGAUGGAGGGAGGGGAGAAUGCCGAGAGUCGCCCCCGCAGCCCCCGUCGGCGGACAGCUGAAAGUGCAAGGGAAGAAGACGACGAUGAAGAGGAAGAGGAAGAGGAGGAGGAGGAGGAGGAGGCAGAUGCACAGAGCGGAAAUGCACGUAGAGCAAGAGGUGGCACUUCAGCUGAAGCGCGCAAACGAAGGGAAAGAGAAAAUGAGGAUCUGGAUGAGGAAGACGAGGACAGCAAAGAGGGGGAGGAGGAGGAAGAUGAAGCCCAACAUAGGAGACAAAAGAAACGCUCUCGAGAUGCAGAAAACGAUGAAGAAAGUGAUGAUGUAGACCCUGAAGAAGAGGAAGAUAAUGAUGAGGCAGAAGACGAGGAGGCAGAAGAGGAAAAACCCCGCAGGAACACAAACAGAAACAGACACAGCAGAGGUCGCUCCUUUUCGUCGCGCGCGCGCUCAACAGAAGAAGUUGAUAUAGAUGCUUUUGAAAAGGAAGAGGAAAAAGGCGGAGGAGGCAGCGGGAGGAAUAGCUCGGCGGCAUCCUCAAGAGCAGGGAGACCGGGAGCAGCCAGGGAGGAAGGUGCUGCGAAGGAGGGGGGGGAGAAUGCCGAGAGUCGCCCCCGCAGUCCCCGUCGGCGGACAGCUGAAAGUGCAAGGGAAGAAGACGACGAUGAAGAGGAAGAGGAAGAGGAGGAGAGCAGGGGGAACAGGCAUUCGACUAGGAGGCCUCGACGGCAACAAAGAAGAGAGUCACUUUCCCGACGUGUUGCUGAGGAGGAGGAAGAAUCUGAUGCUGAUGAAGGAAUAAAUGAUCAGGAAUCUGACACAGAUGAAGAUGAAGACGAAAACAAAGAUCAAGACGGUGAAGCAGGGGAGGCAGAAGAGGAAAAACCCCGCAGGAACACAAACAGAAACAGACACAGCAGAGGUCGCUCCUUUUCGUCCCGCGCGCGCUCAACAGAAGAAGUUGAUAUAGAUGCUUUUGAAAAGGAAGAGGAAAAAGACGAAGAGGAAGAGGAAGAAGAGAAGAAGCGGAAUAAGAGGAAAAAGAUCGGUGAUAGUGAAGAAGAGGAAGAAGAAGACGAAGAAGAAGGAGAGGAAGAAAAAGACGAAGAAGCAGAGGAAGAGGAAGAAGAGAAGAAGCGGAAUAAGAGGAAAAAGAUCGAUGAUACUGAAGAAGAGGAAGAAGAAGACGAAGAAGAAGGAGAGGAAGAAAAAGACGAAGAAGAGGAAGACGAAGAGAGCAGGGGGAACAGGCAUUCGACUAGGAGGCCUCGACGGCAACAAAGAAGAGAGUCACUUUCCCGUCGUGCUGCUGAGGAGGAGGAAGAAUCUGAUGCUGAUGAAGGAAUAAACGAUCAGGAAUCUGACACAGAGGAAGAUGAAGACGAAAACAAAGAUCAAGACGGUGAAGCAGGGGACGAGGAAGAAGACGAAGAUAAAAAUAAUAAGAAGAAAAGUGGGAAGAAGAGGAAUACGAACUAUGACAGUGAUGAGGAAGAGGAGGAGGAAGAUGAGGAGAAGAAGAACAAAGAUGGGGACAGUGAAGAAGAAGAAGAAAGCGACGAGGAAGAUGAUGAGGAGGGGGAUGAUGAGAAGAGAGAUCUGGACGAGGAGAGUGAGGACGAGGGAGAAGAGGAUGCCGAAGAAGACGAAGAGGAAAAAAGGGAAAAGGAAAAAAAGGAAGCGGCAUCUGCAGCCCGUCACAGUCGCCGUGACAGGAGGAACGGGGAGGAGGGAGGCGAGCCAGAAGCCGACGACGACAAUUCGGAAGCAGCAGCAACAACAACCCCGCCUGUGAUUGGUGCCGCCUCCGAUGAAGAGGAGGACGAAGAGGAAAAUACAGAGGAAGGGAUUGGCUCACCAUCAUCUCCAGAUCAAGAGGAAAAAGAGGAAGACGACGGAGCCCAGAUGUUGACUCAGGCAGAGGAGACGACAAAGUCCUCUUCAGGUCGAGAGAGGCAGAAUGGAGGGAGAGGGCCCUCUACAGCCCCUGCCUACCGUCGAUCAAGAGGCACAACAACCCCGCCUGUUAUUGGUGCCGCCUCCGAUGAAGAGGAGGACGAAGAGGAAAGUACAGAGGAAGGGAUUGGCUCACCAUCAUCUCCAGAUCAAGAGGAAAAAGAAGAAGCCCGUUCGCGCCCUUCGAGGACAACGCGACAGGCAGAGGAGACGACAAAGUCCUCUUCAGGUCGAGAGAGGCAGAACGGAGGGAGAGGGCCCUCUACAGCCCCUGCCUACCGUCGAUCAAGAGCAACAACAACCCCGCCGGUGAUUGGUGCCGCCUCCGAUGAAGAGGAGGACGAAGAGGAAAAUACAGAGGAAGGGAUCAGCUCACCAUCAUCUCCAGAUCAAGAGGAAAAAGAAGAAGAAAAAGAUGAAGAUGAGCAAAGAGCGGCAGAUUCCCAAGAAUGGAGAACCCUCCCUUCUUUCAGACGCAGCAGGCUGACCGCCGCCACCUCCCGGAGCUCUUCCUCCCCCUCUGUGGCUGCUGGAGCAGAGCAUCGCAGGCGAGUGAGGAGGGACGGUGCCUCAGUUGAGACAUCUGAAGAAGCAGCUGAGCACAAGAAUGGAGAACCCUCCCUUCUUUCAGACGCAGCAGGCCGACCGCCUCCACCUCCCGGAGCUCUUCCUCCCCCUCUGUGGCUUCUGGGGCAGAGCAUCGCAAGCGAGUGA